AGUCAAGGAAAUAGCGUUUUUUUACGCACGAAACGACUAUGGUCUUCACAGUUAUUUUCAUUUUUCUUCUAACAACCGCGCAGUCUUUGGCUUGCCAACUCUUCGAUCCAGACGAAUCCAGGCCCUAUUCGACAACUGUAUGUACAAACAUAUCCUCACUUUCCGAUAUACCAGUCUCGUCAAAACUAGAAAAUUUUGAGGAAUAUUUAGAAAUAACUCAGUCCACGAUUUCCACAAUACCAAGGUUCGCAUUUACGAGAUUUUCAACAAUAGAUAAAUUAUUUAUGACGCAAAAUCAUAUCAAGGAGAUAUCGCCAGGAGCUUUCAAUCCUCUUCUUAAUCUUAAAGAGCUUCACUUGGAUCUAAACGAACUGACGGAAAUUUCAGAGGGACUUUUCAACUCUUUGAAGUCUCUCGUGAUUCUAAACUUGGCUAACAACAAAAUAAAUAAAGUCGAUGCAAAAGCUUUCAUUGGUCUGGAAGUUUUGACUGAAAUCAAUUUAGAAAACAAUGAAAUUAAGGAAAUUGAGAAACACAUGUUCGAUUCGCAGAAGCAAUUACAACUUCUGGAUUUAUCCGGAAAUCCUCUGGAACAAUUCAGUGGUGAAGGUCUUUCCAGUUUAAGUGCUUUGAUCCUUGCCGAAACAGCUCUAACUUCGUUUGAAGAAGAUCUGAAACAUCUUAAAAUGGAAAUUCUGAAUUUAUCAUCAAGCAGUUUAGAAACUGUCGAUUUCUCGCGAUUUCCCAAGGUAGAAAAGGUUUAUUUAUCAAACAACAAAAUUGUUUCUAUCAGUAAUCUAGAAAGUCUCGACUCUUCAUACAUCACUCUCGACAACAAUCAAAUUGCUACCAUCACUGGCACCUUCAACGACGUUUCUUUUGUCACUUUAAAUCACAAUCGACUUGAAGCUGUACCCAAUACACUUUUCAACGAUUCAGCUUCUGUCCGUUUCAUUGAUUUGAGUAGUAAUCUAAUUGCCACAAUUGAAAAAGACGCUUUCCGAAAUUUAAGCGUGCUACAGAUUCUUCACCUGGAACACAACAACAUUACGGAAAUUCACCCUAAAUUGUUUGUUGAUUUGUUUGAACUUAAGUAUCUAGACUUAUCGUACAAUAAUAUCCAAUAUCUUCAAUUUGGAAUUUUCAACAACUUACUUCAGUUGAAAGUUUUGAACAUUUCUGACAACAAAUUGAAAAGUUUGCAUGAAAAUGGGUUUCUAGCUGUUAUAAGUCUGGAAGAGAUACUUUUUCAUAAUAAUCAAAUUGAGUAUUUGGACGUUAAAACUCUAUUUCAAUAUAAGGGUCAGUUGAAAAAGAUCUCUUUAAACAACAAUGCUUGGGACUGUGAAGAUCUCGCUGAAACUUUUACAGCACUAAUAAACCGUUCAGUCGUUCUGGAUGGCUUAAGUGAAGAAGGAGAAAACUUCCAUGGAAUUGCCUGCAGCAGUAAGAAAGAAAAUUUCUGGGAACAGUCAGAAAUGAGUAAAUUUUUUAACGACGAUUUUAAAAACUCCAAAUUUUUCCAGUACUUCGAAAAAGAUUAUAAGUCGACUGGGUUCUUCAAGUUACUACACGAUUAUAAAAAUAGUGACACUAGAACGGAGAAACUCGUAUCAGGAGAUGUUUCGGUAGCGGGUUCGACAAACACGAUUCUUGUGUUUAGUUGUUGUUUACAAGUAAUGAUUGUGUUCCUCUUGUUAUUAAAAUUUUUCAUAAAAAAUAGACGUUACGACGCCCGAAGCAACGAAAGAAAUAUUUAAAGAUAAAAUUAAUGUUUCAUUUUUGGAGAGUU